AUGACUGCCCCACUUCGCGUUUUGGUCACUGGAGCCGCUGGUCAGAUCGGAUACUCGAUCGUCAUCCGUAUCGCUGAUGGAACCGUCUUUGGGAAAGACCAGCCAGUGCAACUCGUCCUUCUCGACGUGCCACAAUGCUCCAACGUUCUCGAAGGAGUCGUCUUCGAGCUCCAGGACUGCGCUCUCCCAACUCUUCACAGCGUUGAGGCUGUGACCGAGGAGAAGCCAGCUUUCACCGGAAUCGACUACGCAUUCUUGGUUGGAGCAAUGCCAAGACGCGAAGGAAUGGAACGCAAGGAUCUUCUUGCCGCCAAUGUCAAGAUCUUCAAGUCGCAAGGAAAGGCUCUCGCGGAGUACGCCAAGCCAACAACCAAGGUCAUCGUUGUUGGAAACCCGGCCAACACUAACGCAUUCAUCGCUGCCAAGUAUGCUGCCGGAAAGAUCCCAGCAAAGAACUUCUCUGCUAUGACUCGUUUGGAUCACAACCGCGCCCUUGCUCAACUUGCACUUAAGACCGGAACUACCAUCGGAGACGUCAAGAACGUUAUCAUCUGGGGAAACCACUCUGGAACUCAAUUCCCAGAUGUCACUCACGCCACCGUCAAGAAAAACGGAACUGAGACUGACGCUUACUCCGCUGUUGGAGACAACGCUUUCCUUCAAGGACCAUUCAUUGCCACCGUUCAAAAGCGUGGAGGAGUCAUCAUUGAGAAGAGAAAGCUUUCGUCUGCCAUGUCCGCAGCCAAGGCGGCCUGCGACCACAUCCAUGACUGGCACUUCGGAACCAAGGCUGGAGAGCACGUCUCGAUGGCUGUUCCUUCUGAUGGUUCGUAUGGAAUUCCACAAGGCCUCAUCUUCUCGUUCCCAGUCACCAUCGAGUCUGGUGAAUGGAAGAUCGUCCAGGGGCUCAGCUUCGACGAUUUCGCCAAGGGAAAGAUCGCUGCUACCACCAAGGAACUCGAGGAGGAGAGAGAUGAUGCCCUUAAGGCUUGUGAUGACGCCAACAUCUAA